UUUCUUCUUAAGCUGCAAAGCUUUGAACAAUAGUGUACAAGAUUCGUCGAUUCAUCAACUGACCUACUAAAUAUUCCAACUCCCAUCUCCAAGUUAAAAUCUUGAAGAUUUUGAAAUGAUCAUUAUUACUGUGCUUUUCAAUACAUUGAUGGCUAUAUAUAAACUUUUAAAAGUUCUGGCUAUCAUAUUACUCCUAUGUUCUGACUGUUCAGAUGCAGCACAAUUGUCAAAGGAUUGGUCGAAGCCUAAUGUCGAAGAAGACAUUGAGGGAUAUUUCAGAGAUGGAGAUCUGAUUUUGGGUGGAAUUAUUCUGUUAUUUAACUAUCACUACUCUAAUCAUUACAAAUCAUAUACUCAUGCCCAUGUGUAUUCAACAACUAAAGUAUGUGAUAUGCCAUCCCUUCGUUUCAUCCGUCAUUUUCUGGCUUUUGAUUUUGCUGUUCAAGAAAUUAAUAAUGACAGAAACCUUCUACCAAACACCACCCUGGGGUAUUCAAUCUAUGACUCUUGUUUCUUAGCUAAUAAAGCACAGGAAGCCACAUUAAGAAUUCUAUCAGGAGGAAGAAAUCACCCCUUUAAUUACAGCUGCAAGAAGAAUUAUACAGUUGUGGCGUUCAUUGGACAUUUUCUCUCUUCAGUAACACGCUCAAUGGCAGACAUCCUCUCCAUCUAUGGCUAUACACAACUGAGAAAAUAUCUAAGAAGUCUGCAUUUUAAUACGUCUUCUGGUAAUGAGUUUACUUUUCAUGAGACGAGAAAUUCAAAGACACAUUUUGAGCUGUUACAAUACAUAUAUUUAAACAACACACUUAAAACAACCCACAUUGGAGAUUACAUUUUGACUGCAAACUCAGAGACUAACCUCUACAUCAAAGAGAGAUCUAUGAUAUGGGAAUCAGAUAUCAAAGGUAUCCCUCAAUCUAUGUGCAACGAGAGAUGCCCACCUGGGUACAGAAAAGCAAAUCCAAGAGAAGAAACAUGCUGCUAUUCUUGUGUUCAGUGCUCACCUGGUGAAAUAUCCAAUCAAACUGAUAUGGAAAAUUGUUUGCUGUGUCCAGAAGAUGAAUAUCCUGAUGUUGAUCAAGUCACUUGUCUGCCGAGAACCAUAGAUUUUUUAUCCUACCAUGAACCUCUUGGUGCAACUUUAGCAUCAUUUGCAGUAAUGCUAUUUUUCAUCACAACUGUCAUACUUGGUAUUUUUAUAAUGUACAGACAUACACCCAUAGUACGAGCCAAUAAUACAUAUCUAAGUUACAUCAUUCUAUUUUCCCUCAUGCUUUCCUUCCUCUUUUGCUUGUUAUUUUUUGGCUCACCUAAUAAGAUCACAUGCAUGCUGCAAAAUGCAAUUUUUAACAUAAUCUAUGCUGUGGCUCUGUCAUCUGUUCUGACAAAAACAAUUAUAGUUUUAGUAGCCUUUUCAGUUGUAAAGCCUGGGAGCAAAUUCAGGAUAUUUUUAAGAUCCAGGAUAUCCAUCUUUAUAGUUAUGUUCUUUUGCUUCGGUGAAGUUGGAAUCUGCUUCUGGUGGUUAACAUCGUGGCCUCCAUUCCCAGACAAAGACUCAAAAGUGGAAGUUGCUAAGCUAAUACUUCAUUGUAAUGUUGGCUCUCUCCUUUUGUUUUAUGUUACUCUAGGUUAUAAUUGGCUCCUUGCACUUUGUAGUUUUAUUGUAGCUUUUCUAGCCAAGCAGUUGCCAGAUCUUUUUAAUGAGGCCCGUUAUAUCACUUUCAGUAUGCUUGUGUUCUGCAGUGUUUGGGUCUCAUUUAUCCCAGCAUAUAUGAGUACCAAAGGGAAAUCUAUGGUUGCUGUAGAAGUAUUUGCUAUCCUGGCUUCCAGCACAGGAAUUUUGGGGUGUAUAUUUUUACCCAAGUGCUAUAUUAUCAUAUUCAGGCCCGAAUUAAAUACUAAACAAUCUUUAUGCGGUACUGGUUUUUAUUAA